AUAAGUUCGUUACCGCUUUGUACAUGGAAGAGAGAAGCUUUAGCUCGUCAGAUAAUGACGAGGCGUUAUCCGUUUUAGAUCGUCUGAAACGUUUGGAAAGACGGGAGAGAAAAUGGCGUAGAAAACGUUCUAAGCGUAAACAUCGCCGCAAUUCUCGCUCUCCGUCGACUCCGGACGAGACCCGAUUUCGUCGUUCUCGGUCGAGGUCUCGCCACUCACAUACUCUGCAGGACCGGACUCGCAGAAGUUCGGCCUCAGAUAAUGAAAGUUUUCUUCACUCUGAGAUUGAUCUGCACGUUGAUCAGACCCCAGGAGGUUUAACAACGGAGGAGAAUAAAGAGAACUCACCGACUUUGGUUAUUGAUAAUGACGUAGUUUUGGAUGAUGAUGUCUUAAAUAUUAUUGGCGAAGAUCCCGAAAAAGUUAAAAGUAAUACUAUUACUUUAAAUACAGCUAUUUGUUCCAGAUGGAACAAUUUUUUGCUCAAUGGGGUACCAGAAAACGAUUUAGCUUCUAUAAAAAGGAAGUAUAAUUUAAACAGUAAUCUGGAGUUAACCCCUCCGACAAUCAACCAAGAAUUGUCGCAAGUGACUAAUUUAACAGUCCGGAAAAAAGACAGCUGCUAUACUGAUAUUCAGUUACAGAUAGCUCAGGGUCUUAAUGCUUUAGGGUUGAGCAUUUCAAAUAUUUUAAAUGAUCCAGACGGUUUAUCGAAAGAGGUAAAAGAAAGUUUACUUUUACCUUUGUGGGAUGCAGGCAAAAUUUUUACUGACCUCUUCUAUACUUUAACCAAAACAAGGCGCAACUUACUGCUUCCGAUGCUCAACAAAUCUAUGCGAGAUUUAGCAGAAGGAACCACUGCCGAUAGAUCCUUAUUUGGGUCAAAUUUCGGAGAGUUGGUUAAAACAGCAAAAGUGCUCGAAAGAACGAGCAAAGAUCUGCUACCUCAUUCUUCGAACAAACCAAGGUUUAAAAGUCUUGUACCCAAGGGACGUGAGGGACGACAGAGGGGUCAGUUUACAAAAUUCACUCCCUCGACGGAGAUGGGAAACAGACAUCGCCCGGCCCGAUACAGAAGGGAAUCGAGGUCAGUCCAAGGGCGCCCUUACAAAAAUUUUCGGAAUUAAUUAACUCUAAUGAAAACCAGGGAAACCCGACCUCUUCCAAGGAACCUUACCCUGGUAGCAGUGCGUUUAUCAGGGAAGCGUUAAAGAGACGAGGAGUACCGGAUUGCGCUUUGGAGGUAAUGAUUCAUUCGAUAUCCCGAUCAACGGAAGCGCAAUAUAACACUACUUACAAGAUGUGGUGGAAGUUUUGUCAACUCACAGGAAGUUCCUUGUUCUCUUCGGGACCGAAAGAAGUAAUUAAAUUCCUACACACUAUUUUAACAAGAAAAUCCUGCGGUUACGGAUCAUUUAAUAGCCACAGGUCUGCACUUUCUCUUAUUCUACCAGGAAAUGUUGGAGAGGAUAUUCUACUGAAGCGUUACCUUAGAGGCAUAGCAAAUACUAGACCACCGAAGCCGUACACCAACACAUGGAACCCACAUCCAGUUUUGAAUUUUCUCUCGAAUUGGUUCCCAAACGAGAAUCUCACUUUGAAACAAUUAUCCUUAAAAUUAUUAAUGUUACUUUUAUUAACUACUGGACAAAGGUUAAAUGCAAUUGCUCUAAUCAGAAUUGAGAACAUUCGGGAAUCCCCCUCAGGAUUCCAAAUUUUUAUUUCUGAUAAAGUGAAAACUACAAGGGUAGGGAAACCUCAACCCUACCUUCAAGCCUUCUACUUUAAGGAUUUACCAGCGUUAUGUGUAGGUAGUACGUUGAAAAUUUUUCUUCAGCGUACUGCCCCCCUUAGAAAAAACAAAUCCUUCUUAUUCUUAUCUAUUAGAAGACCACAUGGGAUAGCUUCAAAGCAAACUUUGAGUAGGUGGAUGAAAAUGGUCCUACAAGAUUCGGGAAUUCCGACGGACCUAUUUAAGCCUCAUUCUACACGCCACGCGGCUACUUCGGUCGCCUUUAGGCAAGGAGUCUCAGUGGACGGCAUUUUUCAAUCGGCUGGUUGGGGAGAAGAAUCUUCCUGUUUCGCACGAUUCUAUAACCGACCGAUUAUAAACGAAACGGAGUUUGCAAGAGCAGUGUUAAAUUCUAAUAACCUGUAAAAUGUAUUAUUUUGUUAUUAAAUGCAACUUCAAUGAAUGCUUUAAACAUCUACCUAGUAAGUGAUAUAAAAGGACUGAAGUGAAAUAAAAUUAUACAAUCAAACGAACUUACCUUAGUGAAGUUCGAUCGUAAUUUUAUGAAUCUUCAGUCCGAGAUAUCACUUCCCACCCACCCAUGUGAACCUGUUCGGUUCCCCUUCGAAGUUGCAAGGGCUUACUUUAAAGAAAUGAAUAUGUUCCGUCACGGGCCAACGGUGGGAAUACGGGGAGAGGUUUUUCUUCUUUUAGUUAUUUUUAGCUUUAAAAUUGCGGUACGUAGCAGCGCCAGGGGCGUACUACCUAGUAAGUGAUAUCUCGGACUGAAGAUUCAUAAAAUUACGAUCGAACUUC